CUAACAGUCUGGUAUCUGAUAUAUAUUGACAACUGCGUGUUCACUGUCGCGUGCAAGUCGCGUGAGGGGCACAUAGCACCAUUCAUGAUGAACAUUUUCAGAAUUUCGGACUUUUUUGUAUUAAUGCUACUUUGCCAGAAAAUCUUUGCGUUUACCUAUACCAGUAAAGAUGGCGUUAAAUUGGACUACACCUUUAGAUUCAAACCAUCGUGUCGUGGUGAAAAGGAUAGAAUUGGCAUAUUGCCAGGAAUUGCACUUCCGGAAUGUGUAAAAGAAUGCGGCAUGCGUCCGAAUUGCGGAGCUCUUAAUUAUAAAAGACGGUACAACGCUUGCUAUCUUUAUUCGUCGGAAGAAAACGAAGGAGACAGAAGUAAAGAAAGUUGCGUAGAGGUCAAGGCAUCAGACAUUGAAAUUAUACAGAAACCUCCGACUUGUGCGAACUGUGACCAAAGCGACAAGACAUGUAUACCUAGUGAGCAAACGUGUAAACAUACAGAAUGUCUACAAAAUAAACCUCCGCCGAAUGGAAAGUUUUUAGGGAACAUGAAGAGUAUUGGUGACCGCAUACAAUAUGAAUGCGAUUUCGGGUACAAGAUAGUCGAUGGAAUGGAAUACGCUGUUUGCCUGUCUAAUGGAAACUGGAAUGUGACGGCUGUCGACAAAUGCACAAAAAUUGAUGAGACCAAUGUUGCCCUAAGGAAAACAACGGCCAUGUCAGGUGUAUGGAACAAUCACAGCGGAGAAAAAGGCGUGGACGGCAAUACUAUCCAAGACCUCAGUGGGCGGUCAUGUUUUCUCACAAGUUCAGUUAACCGUCCUUGGUGGCGGGUCGAUCUUGGAGCCAUAUUUGGUAUCGUCCGUGUAGAAUUAUAUAACAAUUUGGACAAUUGCUGCAAUUGGAUGACAAAGGAUUUGAAAUUAUCCUUUGGUACAUCACUGCAGUCUAUGGACGUUGUUGGCAGUGUGUCAGGUCGGAUAGAUGACAUUCAUACCUUCAAUUUCACUCUGGCUCUCGCUAUAGAGGCGAGAUAUGUCCAAGUCCAUCUUAAAGGAAUGGGAACUCUUACUCUUUGCGAAAUGGAAGUGCUUGGAUUUCCAAUUUAUUAA